AGCCAUUGGAAAAACCACCUCGCCUGUUGUGGCAAGCGGGUAGUUUUAACCGGCAAACACCAUUUGUGGAUAUAUGUAAAAGUGUCAGAGGCUCGGGAGAGCGAGGGGGACGUCAGUUUCACACUCAUUCGGACACCGUGUUCACCUGGACAGUCAUGAAGGCUUUUUUUGUGCUUGCCACAUUGCUGUGGUGUUUAGCGACAAGUUUAUCCCGGGCAGCCAAGAUUGUGGUAGUUCCUCCAAUCAUGUUUGAGAGCCAUCUAUAUAUCUUUAAGACUCUGGCUUCGGCUCUCCAUGCUGAGGGCCAUGACACCGUCUUCCUGGUUUCAGAGGGCCGUGAGAUCCCACCUUCCAACCAUUAUCGUCUCCAGCGAUACCCUGGGAUUUUUAACAGCACCUCAGCUGAUGACUUCCUCCAAUCAAAAGUUCGCAACAUCUUCUCAGGACGUCUCACAGCACUGGAGCUUUUUGACAUCUUGGACCAUUAUUCUCAAAACUGCGAUGCGGUUGUAGGAAGUACUUCUGUCAUGGAGCAGCUAAAACGUGAACAUUUUGACCUGCUGCUCGUCGAUCCCAAUGAGAUGUGUGGAUUUGUCAUAGCUCACAUUCUGGGUGUCCAGUAUGCAGUAUUUAGCACAGGACUGUGGUACCCUGCUGAAGUUGGGGCACCAGCUCCCCUAUCUUAUGUCCCGGAAUUUAACUCUCUACUAACGGACCAUAUGUCGUUGUUUCAACGGGUAGCUAACACAGCAGUGUACCUAGUUUCCAGGUUUGGUGUCCAAUUCCUGGUUCUACCUAAAUAUGAUCGCAUUAUGAGGAAGUACAACAUCCAGCCAUCUGUCUCCAUGCACGAUCUGGUUCAGAACAGUCGACUCUGGAUGCUGUGUACUGACAUGGCACUGGAGUUCCCACGACCAACUUUGCCACAUGUUGUCUAUGUAGGGGGCAUCCUCACUAAACCCCCCAGCCCAUUACCACAGGAGUUUGAAACCUGGGUGAAGGACACAGAUGAAGAUGGUUUCGUGGUGGUCUCAUUUGGUGCAGGAGUGAAGUAUUUGUCAGAUGACAUUGCUCAGAAACUCGCUGGAGCCUUGAGCCGUCUGCCCCAGAGAGUCAUCUGGAGGUUCUCUGGAGUUCCUCCAUCAAAUCUUGGCAACAAUACUAAACUAGUGGACUGGAUGCCACAGAACGACUUGCUGGGCCAAACAAACACACGGGCCUUCUUGAGUCAUGGUGGCUUAAACAGCAUAUAUGAGGCCAUGUAUCACGGUGUGCCUGUGGUUGGUGUACCGCUGUUUGGAGAUCACUAUGACACCAUGACAAGAGUUCAAGCUAAAGGCAUGGGUAUAAUGCUGGAGUGGAAGAGGAUGAGCGAGGAAGACCUUUACACUGCCAUGGUGAAUGUCAUAACAGACAAAAGGUAUCGUGAGCGAGCACAGUUGCUGUCUCAGAUUCAUAAAGAUCAGCCUGGUCAUCCAGUAAGUCGGGCGGUUUACUGGAUUAGCUACAUUCUCCGCCACCGUGGCGCAGAACACCUCCGCUCUGCAGUCUACGAGAUCCCUACCUACCAGUACUUCUUAUUGGAUGUCGCCAUGGUGAUAGGAGUGUGCCUGCUUCUUACUGGCUAUUGCCUAUACCGAAUAGUCAAGUGCAUUCAAUCUCGACUGGGGCGUGGUUCAUCUCCAGGGGAGAAGGUGAAUGGACACUGUCAUAAUGGAAUUCCUAAUGGCAAGCACAAAAGAAAUGGCCACGUUAAAAGUAUGGAAAAGAAACUAAAGUAGAGCACAUUUACGCUUCACUAAAGAGAGGAAUUAACUACUCUUCACUCAGUGCAGGGCCUAUACAGGAAAUAAAUAUAUGGGUCAAUAACGAAACAAACCAACCAUUAUAAAAACAAACUGUAAGUGGCAAGCCAAAGUAUGAACGAAUGGAAGAAAAGCAGAAAACAAAAAAGGGAAACUCCUGAGGAAGUUUUUUUUUCCCUGUUGAACGGAGCUAAUGUUCAGUUGUGGUCCUGAAGUUUAUCCUUGUGGAAAAAGCAACGGAUUUGAAGUUUAGCAAUUAGUGUUUUAACAAAAAGCUGUAAUGCUAAGGGGCAUCAGGUUUCACGGCAUCCGAAUACAACAAAGAUCUAUUUAUAUCAAAUUAAUUUUUUUUUUUUGCACACAGAGCACUGUUGAGUGUUGUGCACUGAAUAUCAUUUAUGCUCUGUAUUUAUAUCUCACGCACUCCGUCCCAACUUUGUUUUCAUAACUUUAGCAAUAAUAAUAAUUGGACAAGCAAUCAAAUUUGCUAGUGUUUAUAUUGUCAGCCUUACUUUAAUAUUUCACUGCAUCUAACAUGUUUUGAUAGCCUAACUUAUAGCCUCAUUUCUUAUAGACAAAAAUCUGCACUACCUAAUACUGCUAGUUCUGCUAGCUAUGCUAGAACCUUUGAUGGGGAUAUCUUGAAAUCUUGCUUACAUUCACAACACCUUUGGGAUGCUAGAAAUCAUUAUACUGAAAUGCUUACAUUCUUACAGCAUCUUUGCCUCUUUUCCCUGUUUGUUUUGUUGUUCUCAGCUUGUAUCGUUCAAUGAACAACGCAGCAGUUUCCCUAUAGAAAUGUGCAGGUCAGGUGGAACAUCCCUCACACAGUCCUUCUGUUGGCAGAUAUGGGUUAAAAUGAGUAAAAUUAUACAUUUUAUAUGAAUAAUUAAGACAUUUUACUCAUAUUUUUGUUGCUUCAUGGCUGUUUAGAUUUUGAAAUUUGAUUUCUUCCUCAGUGCAGUCGUCAGUUCUUCUUUACUAGAUAGUUUCUUUCAUUUACCAAAUCAGAAGGAACUUAGGAGGAACUUUUUUAACGAGGGUAUACAGUAGUUUUUAUGUGUGAGUGCCUGUGUCUCCCAAACAAGCUACUUUUUUAUUGGAAUGUUUCAGAUGAGUGUUGUUAUCAAAGCAAAACACUGUUUUCUGACAUGUUCCCACAAAUCAAUAGGCCUAGAAUGACCUAAAGGAUUUUGGUAGUCUACUUUUAAUCUUCAGAAAUUUUGACCACAGGAAAUUGCCUGUAAGGGAAUAUUUUGGUAACAUUUCAAUCCAACAUUUAGUUGUUUUAAUUUUUCACCAGAUGGUUUAAAAUGUCCAAAUAAAAAUUGCCAGUAAACCAUACUGCAGUUCACAUGCUGGUUUUACAACUAAGUGUCAGACUGAACUGUUUCCAGUAAUGGUCUCAGACUGAAAAUGAUUAUUUUUAAAUGCAUCACAAAAAUCUGAAAUACACUUGACUCAUCCAAAUACAAAGUGGUAUGACAUGGAGAUGUUUAUUGAAUGACAGCAUGUUUCGUUAGGGCUUAUUUUAUUUAAACAAUUUGAAACUGUGUACAUAUUUAGGCCAGUAGGCAUAAUUAUUUGCAUUAUGUAGAGAUAAAAGGCUUUAAAUCUGUUUUUGAAAGUUUAUAACAGAGUGGUGCAAGCAUAAUCCAGAAGAAAAAUAGCUUUUAGUACCUUUGAGAUUUUCCUGAAGGGUUUAUAAGGCUAUUUUCUAUUUAUUAAUUAAAUAAAGUCUAUGGUCAACAUUACUUAACAAUAUUUGAACACGUUGUUCCAUUAAAGAAACACUUACUAGCAAAAAUACAUUUUAUAAAAUACACAUAAAAGCUUUCAAAUUCAAUUCAUGUUUAUUUCUAUAGCGUUUUUACAAUGUAGAUUGUGUCUACAAUGCAGAAGCUUAACAUAGAAGUUCUAGUAAAUUAAAAACAGCUUUCAGAGUUGAAGUACAGCUUAGUUCAGUUCAGUGUGGUUUAAUUUUCACUGCUGAAAGUCUAAACACUGAAGAGCGAAUCCAUCAAUGCGCAGCUUCACAAGUACCAAACCAUGCAAGCCAGUGGCAACAGCCGCGAGGAACAAAACUUUAAGUGAUGAAAAAGUGAAGGAAAAUACCUUGAGAGUAGAGUUGUGCACAAUUUGAAUUCACAAUUUGGAACGUGAUUAGUAAACCGCAAGAGGCUGCUAUAUGAAAUAAGCUGUAUAUGUAUUAUUUAAUUUUCCCCGCCCAGAGUAAAUGUCAAAAAAGACUGCUGUCUGUGUGUGACAGACGUAUUAGCCAAUUGAGUGAGCACACAAUCAGAAUUGUGCGACCGAACUACGUGGAACACCCACAAUAAAAAAGAAGACAGUAUAACAUGGUAAUAUUGGAAUAUUUUGGUUUCAAAGUCAUAGACAGCAAACAAAAACAGGUUUAAAAAAAAAACAAAAAAACAUAUAUUAUAUAUAUAUAUUAUAUAUAUAUAUAUAUAUAUAUAUAUAUAUAUAUAUAUAUAUAUUAUAUAUAUAUAAAUAUAUAUAUAUAUAUAUAUUUAAGAGCUGUCACAGAAUUGAUGCCAUGGCUCACGAAUUAUUGAGUUGAAGCUUGACUACAAAAUUUAAUCGCAAGUCAAAUUGCAAUUGCAAUAUCUGUCAAAAAAAUCACAAUUAGAUAUUUUCCCCAAAUUGCACAGCCCUACUCGAGGGAAACCAGUCUCAGUUGCAUCAUAAAUCAUGUUUUUGAUGUCAGACAUUGUUUUACUCAUAAAUUAAAACAAAAUAUGGGAAUACCCAAUAGGAAAACCUCAAAAUAACAAUGGCAAAUAAUUCUUUCGGGUUUUAACUGCAGCACUCUGUACAUCAUGAAGAGCUACAUCAUGACUUUUUCAAAACCACCCUGAGAAGACUAAUAAUCAAACUCAAAACAAAAUGAAAAUUCUCAUUAAAACGAAUCAAGAUAAUUCAAAAAACAAAACAAACAGCUGUUUUUACCAUGAGCUUUCAGCAUUUCUUCAGCCAAGCACUAUUUUAGACUGUCCAUACUUGAAAAUAAACUGGAUGCAAUAUGGCUGCAGAUGCAUCAGAGCUAUGACUGGUGAGACAGUGACACACACACACACUUUGAACAUUAUUGUUGUUUUCUAGUAGUUGUUUUUUUCUGUAUGAUUUUCAGUAUUAAUAAUAUUAGAUGGUUAACAACAGAGGAAAAAGCUGCAGAUGGGCUCCAACCCUAAUGGCUGUGACUGUUUGUGUGAGUAGUAAAUGACUGUAAUUUCUGUAUGCGUGUACAUUUGAAUGAGUUUGCUUGAGCCUUCUUGUGUCCAGCUUUCAAUUUAUAUACUGAUCAUUUAAAACCAUUGCUCCAGUUCACUUACAGUACAUCAGUAAGUUUCUUUGUAACUCAUAGAUUCCCGUUUCCCGAUCAGUCCUUCUUAGAAGUAGUUGUUAAAAGCUGCUUGCAGAAGUUGUCUUUUUUUUUUUUAGUUUUUUUUUUUCAAAAUUUCAUGUGUGUCUGUGUUUUCAUGUACAUAAAAAGACAAACAAAACAACUAAUGCUGAAUAAACAUUAAACAUUUUGUUUGCUUA